AUGAUUACGUAUUUACUUAUUCUUGUAUUGUUAUGCAAUUUUGCUAGCGGAGAUGAAGUUGAUUUAGAGAUUUGUGUUAAGUCUGUUCGCGAUUCGCAAAAUGCUCUCAAACGAAGGCCUUCCGUGCCUGUUCAGAACUGCCAAGAUCGUGAUAUGGCUUGUCCCGAGAUAUUCAAGUUUACAGCCGACGCCGGAAUGAAGCUUGCAAAUAAUCUCAAUCCGUUAGUUUCUGAACUUUUCGAUUCAUGGAUGUAUAAUGCUGAUGAAUUCAUAUUUUCUUUAUUAGCAGAACCAUCGGUGGAUAGUUUGCUGAAUUUUCAUUAUUGUUGGAGAUUGAUUGAAAAAAUUGAUUGA